AUGAAGCCUCAACCUCUCAUACUAAGUUUGGCAGCACCCCUAGCCGCAGGGACAGCAUGCCCUCCCAGAUGGACAAUUGGCCAAACCGUGCCAACAACAUCCGGACCAGUUCACGGCCACGCAGCCACAAAUGCCACCAAGGUGUCCGAAUAUCUCGGCAUUCCGUACGCCAUGCCACCGAUCGGCAAGCUUCGGUUUCAAGCUCCUGUUCGAUAUAAGGGAACAGAAGAUAUCUCGGGUGACAGGUUUGGCUUUGGCUGCGUUCCAUCUGGUAUUACGGACAAUGACAGCGAAAUCCCAGAGGAGUUGAUCAAAAAAUUUGGCAUUACGCCGGUUGGCGUCAAGUUCUUGACUGAGAUUAUGAAUGCUGGAAUCCCAGUCAGUGAGGAUUGCUUGACCCUGAAUAUCUGGACAAAGCCGCAGGUCGGGGAACGCAAGAAGGCCGUCUUGGUCUGGAUCCACGGCGGAAGUUUUGUUGUCGGAAGCUCUGCUUUGCCCUCCUACAACGGCCAGCAUAUAGCCGACCAGGAGAACAUAGUGCUCGUCUCAAUCAACUAUCGACUCAGCAUCUUUGGCUUCCCAGGCGACCCUAUGGGCAAUGCCAACCCCGGCCUCCUCGACCAACGCUUAGCCAUCGAAUGGAUUCGAGAUAACAUUGCCAGCUUUGGCGGAGACCCCAACCGCAUCACCAUAUUCGGCCAGUCAGCAGGAGGCGUCUCCGUCGACGACUACUCCUACGCUUUUCCGUCCGACCCCAUCGUUAACGGCCUCAUCUCGCAGUCUGGAACAUCCACUGGCCUCGGACUUCGGACCGAAGCUCAAGCCCAAGAGUUUUGGUUCAACUCAUCCAAAGCACUUGGCUGUGGAGAUGCAAAAUCCUCACCGCAAGCCGUCCACGACUGCAUGUUGACGAAGCCAGCGAGCGAAAUCGUCAAUCACCUAAGCAAGAUUGUCAACGGGGCAAUUCUCAUCUCCUACUCACCAACGGUAGACAACAAGGUCGUAUUCGCCAACUACACUGGCAGAAAGGCAGCUUCUCUACCAAUGCUCAUCGGCAACACCGAUUUCGAAGGCGGCUUGUUCCAACUGUUUAGCCAAGAACCCGUGCCCGAUGGAUUCUGGAAGAACAAUAGCCAGACGUUGUUUGGGUGUCCUGCAGCUCUUCGUGCAAAGGAGUCGGUUCGUCAGGGCAACCCUACCUGGCGGUAUAGAUACUUUGCCGAGUUUCCGAACAUGCAGCUGUCGACACAUCCCUCCAGCGGCGCGUAUCACGAAUCUGAAGUUCGACAGCUAUUCGACACGGUGGACGAGAGCACAAUCCGUAGCACGGCGCGGGAGAAGGCUCUGGCCAAGUACAUGCGUGGCGCUUGGGCUGCGUUUGCCAAGGAUCCGAAGAAGGGACUUUUGAGGUACAGGGACGGUUGGCCAAUGUAUAAGCCGAAUGAGCGGACGCUUGUUCGGUUGGGGCUGAACAAUGCUGUUGGUGCGCAUGCAUCAUUCGACAAGAUGUACGAUUUGGAUUGUUGA